AUGAAUAUACAAAUGAUUUACUUUACUUCAGAGAGGGAUCAUGCUUUCCAAGCUAGGCCAAGAUACCGCAGAAGCUUGAUUCAUUCUGAUGGCCUUCAAAGAGGAAAGUCAAUUGAUGAAGAGGUAACUGGUCAGAAGAACGAGAGAGAAGCCUCACAUAAUUCAAAGCUGGUUUCAGAACGAUCAAGGACAUUGAAGUGGGCCAUCCAACAAUCUACACCUAUGGAGGUAUGGGAUUGGCUGUUUAAGUCCUGCGAGGUGAAUGGAAGGAUACUCUUUCGUGAUGGUAUGAUAGAUAUCAAAGACAUUGAGGAAUGCCUGGUGAAAGGGAACUGUAAGAAGUUGAGUAUCAAAUUACCUGCUUGGUCAAUUUUACAAUGUCUUCUUGAAUCAGCAAAGUCUGACUCUUCCGGAUUAGUGAUCUCCGAUGAGGUGGAGUUAACAAUGACCAAUUGGCCAAAGGAUAAAGUUUUUGAGUGGUUUGUUGGGCCACUAUUGAUUAUCAAGGAACAAAUAAAAGGACUCCAGUUAGAAGAAAGUGAAGAAAUUUGCCUGAGAAAGCUGAUUAUGGGAUGCAAGAAUGAGAGGCCAGAGGAGUGGGAUGACACUGGUUUUCCUUCCAAUGACAAUGUCAGAAGAGCACAGUUGCAGGCCAUAAUUAGGAGAUUGCAGGGCAUUGUUUGUUUUAUGUCUUGGAUGCCAACAUUCAGACGGCGGUUCAGGAACUUGGUGAAGGUGUUGUACAUAGAAGCAAUUCAAACUGCGGUUUUUGCAAAUCAAGUUGGGGGAAGUUUGAAAAUUAGGCCUGGUGGCAAAAGCUUUCUCGGCUCAGGAGACGGAGAUGGAACUGGAGAGGGGAGUGUGCACAGCACACAAAACAAUGGGGAUAUAGUAUGA